AGGGUCUUCAGUGAGACAGCAACGGCUACUGAGUCGGAUCCCGGAAAGCGAGCAAAACCGAGCCCUGCCGAGCCCAGCCGAGCCAGCGGGACUUCAUUUCGGUUCUAAGAGAGUCAGAGAGCGACCCGGUUCACAGAGCCGGCGCUGAGCAGCCAAACAGCAGCUUGAAUUCAGCGGCGUGACCGCUGGACAGAUUCAGACAUGGACCUGCGCAACAAAGAGCCUCUGUGUGAGGACGUCAUACCUGUGGUGAUCAUCGGUAAUGGACCUUCGGGAAUCUGCCUGUCGUACCUGCUCUCAGGUUACACCCCAUAUCUGUCCCCAGAGGGCUCCCACCCGAACCCAGUCCUGCACAGCAAGCUCGCCCAGAACCCUCACCUGUCUCUGUUUGAACAGGACCUGGAGUACCUGUGUGAAGGUGUGGAGGGCCGAUCGUCAAACCCGGUAGCCGUGCUGUUCGACUCGCUGCUCCUCCCCGACAGUGAUUUCGGGCAGGACUACGCCUCACCACUGGAGUGGAGAUACGAACCGGAGAGAGCCACGCCUCACCUGGUUCUGGGAAAAGGUCCUCCGGGCGGAGCCUGGCACGCGAUGGAGGGAUCCAUGCUGACGCUCAGCCUCGCUGACUGGAUGGAGCUUCCAGGCCUGAAGCUGAAGGACUGGAUGAGGGAGAAACGCAGGAACGUCCGUAACGACCGCGCCACGCCUGCUGAGAUCGCCUCCUACUACCAGCACUACGUCAGACAGAUGGGCCUGGAGAGGAGUUUUGCCUGUGGCACCAAAGUCACCUCCGUCCACCGGGUGUCCCUCAGGUCCGGCCGCUCCGUGUGGAAGGUCCAGGGCCUGCAGCGGCGAGCUGCCGAAGGUGAAGAGCAGACGGACGCCGAGAUCCCGUUUUCCGCGUGGGCCGAAAACGUGGUCCUUGCCACCGGCACCCAUGACAUCCCAGCGAGGCUGAGCGUGGAGGGCGAGACGCUGCCCUUCGUGUGUCACAGCUUCUGGGAGCUGGAGGCGGCGAUCUCCACUGGCCGUCUGGACCGGGCGUCUGAGCCCAUCCUCGUGGUCGGGGCGGGCCUGACAGCUGCUGACGCCAUCCUGGCUGCCCACCACCUCAACACGCCCGUCUACCACGCCUUCCGGCGCUCCGUGGCAGACCCGGCGCUCAUCUUCAACCAGCUGCCCAAGCUGCUCUACCCUGAGUACCACAAAGUGCACCAGAUGAUGAGCCAGCAGCAGCACCAGCCCGGAGAGUCACCAGCCGACAUGGUGAGCCAGCGCCUUUCAUCGCUCAGAGACGACCGAGCUCGCUCUCCCUGCUCCUACCCAGGCUACCUCAGCUUCCCCAAGCACCGCGUCGUCGCCUUCAAACCCGACGGCAAGUGCGUGCUGGAAGGCGAAGGCGGCCAGCAGACGGUCCUGCAGGUCUCCAUGGCGCUGGUAUUGAUCGGUGCCCAUCCAAACUUGUCGUUCCUUCCCGAGCAGGGCCGCCCGCUUGCCCUGGAGCCGGACGAGCCCAUCAGCUGCCGGCGGAAUCCUGUCGACGUGGACCCGUAUACGUAUGAGAGCAUGAAGGAGGCGGGGCUUUACGCCAUGGGGCCGCUGGUGGGAGAGAACUUUGUACGCUUCCUGAAGGGCGGUGCGCUUGCCAUCGCGUGUGACCUGGCGCGAAAACAGACAGUGAGUGGACAGAAGAACGUGCAGGAAAGUUCUGCCGGACAGUCGCUGAGCUGUCAGCUGUCUAACUGCACUCUGGAUGCAUAGAAAGUAGACAGUGAGGGACAGAGUAGGUAGGAAAUGGGUUGACUCGAUUGUUAAGGGUCUCAGAUUUGCAGUCUUUCUCGGCUCCGCUCUCUCAGCAGCUACAAGUCCACAACGAGAGAGACGGCACAGCCAGUGCAUGAGGAGAAGAGAAAGGAAGGCAGAGGGCAUUAAGAGGAGGAACAGAGAGAAUAAUAAGUAUGUUUGUGUGCACUAAACGACCAAAAGUAGCCAGACGGCUACUAAGGUCACCUUGCCUCGGGCUGUCGAGCAUCCAUCCAGCUCCAUCCAUUACCUUUGAAAUGAGUUGGAGUGAUCCAGAGCUGACCAUCCAACACCUGUCCAAGAGUAAACAUAUAUAAUAAUACUUUUUAAUGCAGUAAAAAAGUAAAAGGACCUCAGCAAAAAACAGAAAUACAAAGUGCAGAAAUAGCAGCUCAAAAAACUGCUUAAAUACUGAGUAACUUGUACGACUGCAGUGGACCUACUGCUUAGUACAUCCAGCAUCUAUCAGUAAAGGAACUGUAUAAAUAUAUAAAUAAAGCUCCGUUUUUCUCUUUUUGGAUUAAAAUAAAAUGCAGCCCUUAUACGGAAACUAAGCUGAAAAAGAACAGCUUCAGAUUCAAAUUCAGUUUUUGUGAUGCCAUAAAAACUACUUUACUAAACGGCCUAUAGCAGCUAAGCCCCGCCCAUUCAUGCUGAGUGUUUCAGCCCAGACUGCUCAUUUACAUGUAUCUCUCUUAAAGGCACAGUGACAGCCUGUUUAAAAAUGAUGGUUCUUUAAGGGUUCUUCAG